AUGUUGUUUGACACUGGGUCGGCAGAGACUCUUGUACAUCAGCGGGUACUUGACAGGUCCUCUAAAGGUUUUAAGUUAAGCUUCGUGGGUGACCCUGUGGUUUUGGCAAACGGCCAACCUUUGGAUAUUAUGGGGAAGUGUGACGUGCUUAUUUGCAAUGAUAGGGUAAGUGUUGUUCAAUCGGUGUUAAUCGCUGCAGAUCUUACGUAGGACUGUUUGCUAGGAAAAGAUUUUCUGGGAAAACAUGCUUGCAAAAUUGAUUUUGAAGCCAAAAGAAUUGUAAGGUAAAAUUGUUAAGGCAUAGAAUGGCGUGAAGAAAGCUUUUGAGAUAAGUUUGGCGGAGACUGUUGUUGUUCCUGGAUGGCAUGAAAUGGUUUGUUAGGGUUAGUGGAACCAUCUCCAAGUUUUGUUAAACAACACGAUCUCUUAUUUGCUUGUGUGUUAUCUCGCCCAAAAGACAAUACAGUAAGAAUCCCCCUGUUUAACCCAUCGCCAACUCGUGUGACCCUGUACCUCAGUUGGUACCUUUAGCGAGUUAGAAGAAAGUGUCCUUGACCCAGUCUAGUGCAACCACCUCAAGCCUACAGCACCCUCCCCUAAGACGAAGCCAAAGAUGUCCAGCAAAUUUGACUUUGACUCCCUGGAUCUGA